AUGGCUGACAGCCCUUAUACACUUGACAAGCUUCGUAGUACCUUGAUUCGCUUGGAAGAUACCAUCAUCUUUGCCCUCAUUGAAAGAGCCCAAUUCGCCUUGAAUCCUUGUAUCUAUGAGAAAGGCGCUUUAGAGUUUAAGGGUGCAACUGGCGAACGUAGUUUUUUAGAGUAUUUCUUCUGGGAAACCGAGAAAGUGCAUGCCAAGGUGCGAAGAUACACUAGUCCUGAUGAAUAUGCAUUCACAUCACCUCUACCUGAACCCAUCCUCCCACCACUCGAGUUUGUGAAAUUUCUUCAACCCAACGAUAUCAACGUCAAUGACAAGAUCAUGAAUAUUUACGUCAAAGACAUUGUGCCUACUAUCACCAAAUCUGGAGACGACAUGAAUUACGGUAGUUCAGUAACAAAGGAUAUUGAAGCAUUGCAAGCCUUGAGCAAACGCAUCCAUUUCGGCAAGUUUAUUGCAGAAUCCAAAUUUAGAUCGAAUCCCGAAGAAUACAUUCGUUUGGCUUUGGCAGAGGACCGAGAAAAGAUUGAUGAACUAUUGACAAAUAAGGCUGUGGAGAAGAAGGUUUUGGAAAGAUUGCAUAGAAAGGCUUUGGUAUAUGGUCAAACUUUAGACGAGGAACAGGAGGGUACAAACAAGCAUUUGCGUAUUCCAGUGGAUGUCGUUGUUGAUCUUUACAAGAAGUGGGCUAUUCCUUUGACAAAAGAGGUUGAGGUUGAUUACCUUAUUGCUAGAGGAAAAGAGGCUGCUGCUGCUAAAGAUAAAUAA